UGUCAUGGACGGAGACAUGGUCUAUGGUAAAGUUGAAGAUGUUGUGGGUUGCCACGUUGAAGAUGCUGUAACAUUUUGGGCACAGAAUGUCAGUAGAUGUGAUGACCUCUUGAAAUUAACGCAUGAACUGUCAGAAGCUUGUCCUCGGGCUAAUGCAGUUUUUGGCACGCUUGAUUUUCAUAAGAUUUAUGGUGGCUGUUUUUCUGAAGAUAAGUGUUGGUACAGAUGUGUGGUGCAGCAAGUGAUCAGCAAUGAAAAGUGUCAGGUGUUGUACAUUGACUUCGGAAAUUCUGAGGUUCUGAAUAGAUCAGACAUAGUUGAAAUUCCACCAAACUUGCAAUGUCCAAGUGUUGCCAAGAGGUACAGGCUUUGGGGACUGCAGCUAGCAACUGAUGAGAACUUAUAUAUGUUUGACCAGGGGAAGAAGUUCUUGAGCAGCCUAGUUUUUGAAAAAGAAAUAAAAAUACGUCACAAAGCCAAGCAUGAAGAUGGUGCCAUUAUUGUCCAGGCAGAAUACGAACAAACAGAUAUUGGAGAAGAGGUGGCCAAGGCAGGGUUUGCUGCAAAAUGCACAUCUCCAGGAAACACUAUCGAUGCAGAAGACAGAAAAGCAGAUGUAAUGCAAAACCAACAUCAGAGUUUAAAAGUUUCAGUUCCACUGUGGGUAAACAGGUCUGAUCGUGUGCUGUACAGCAUUUCAAAAGGGUGCAUUGACCACGUAGCUGCCAGUCCAAGGAGUCAGAAUUUUACUGGAAACCGUAUGUUUGCCCCAAAGGAAAAAUUGCUAGCUUCUAACUCAGUGCCAGACACCAGCUUGGCACAAGUAAGAUCAGGUCAGAAGCUGUCCGAAGGGAAAGGAGUUCGCAGAAGGGAGAAUUUAAAUGCCUUGCAGAGCCUGAAAGAACUAGAACUGCAGGUUCAGCAGCUGAAACAUGAACUUCAGAGAGAGAAGGAAGCAUCCAGGAAAACUGCUGAAAGUUUUGAGGAAACCCUACGUACUUUCAUUGGAAUGAAAAUGAAAAGUCUGGCUGCUAAAGUGAAGGCAUUGAAAGAAGUUAGGCACGCAAGUAAGAGCAGUCAUUUUGAGGCACAGCUCUUAGAAGCUAUAGAAGUGGUUACUAAAGAAUGUCUCACUGUUCCGUGUUCCUUGGGAAGACUGCAGAAGGUUUGGACAGAGUAUGACUUGGCUCAAGAGAGGAUUAAGUUAUGCAAAAAUGUGAAUGAAAGAGAUGAACUGAUUACCAAGAGAGAUGAGGUGCAGCAGAACUUGUAUUCAGUUGUGGAAAAAUUAAUUAUAGAAGUGGAUCAGCUGCCCCUUUCUGAACGUUCAAGGACAUUACAGGAAUUGUCUGCUUCUCUGCAAAUGGUGUAUGGUCAAGGUUCUGAAGCAGAUGACUCUGAGGAGGUGUUUCAACAGCUCUUUCAAUGGAAGAGUCUUAAAAUGGAGAAAUUAAUUUGUGUCAGAAUUAAUACAGACAAAGCUCUGCAAAUUCUUGCUGACUGGUUCAGUGACACCUCAAAGUGUUUUGACCUGAUGUCAGAAGCAUCUUCAGAUUUAGAGGAAGUGGUUGGCAAUGCAGAUGAAGUUCUCAAAAAGGCUGAGUUGGCUAUUUCUGAGGAGCUAGAUACUGACUUAAAAGAGCAUGAUGAAGCAGAGAGGGGAAUAAUUAUGAAUGCUUACAACAAAGUUCUCCAUAAAAUUUCUCAGGAGCAAAGUAUGAUCACUGUAAUACAGAACAGAUACUUGGCCAGCAUUGAGUUCAAAAAACAGGCUGAGGAAUGGCUGAAUAGAAGACCUGAUAUUAACAACUUAUUAUCAAUUAAGAAAACGGUGAAAAGCUUAAAGGCCCAGUUAAGGUGGAAGUUGGUUGAAAAGAACAACUUUGAGGAAUCUGAUGAUUACAGUGAGUAUGAAAUGACAGGAAUAAAAGAGGAAAUUGCUGACUUGAGAAAUAGGAUUCUUCAGGAAAUAUCCAAGGAACAAGAAGAAUAUGAGAAGCUUACUUACUUGGUUCAGAAAUGGUUCCCUGAAUUACCACUUCUUUAUCCAGAAGCAGGAAUUUUGAACUAUAUGAACUCUGGUGGACUUCUGACGUGCAGCCUGGACCGAGACCUUCUGGAUGCUGAGCCCAUGAAGGAACUGAGCACGAAGCGACCUUUGGUGUGUUCAGAAAUUCAGGGCCAGAAGGUUCUUUUAAAGGGAUACUCUGUAGAUGUAAACUCAGAGGCUCAAGUGAUAGAACGAGUUGCCAAGUAUCACAGAGUUUGGCACCAGCAGAAGGAGAAAUCUGGAUUAUUACAACUGUUGUUCCUUCUUUUCUGCAAGUCUGAUCCUUUGGUGUAUUUAAUGGUCCCGUACUACCCAGGAGCAAGUCUGGAAGCUUUACAGGCUGAUACACCUUUAACUUCAGAAGAGGCAUUAAAAGUGAUGAAAGGAGUGGCCCAAGGUUUACAAACAUUGCAUGGAGCUAACAUAGUACAUGGAUCUCUGCAUGGAAGGAAUGUUUUUGCUGUGAAUCGAAGCCAUGGAUUUGUGGGAGACUUUGAAUUCACAAAAUCAGAGGAACAACGUGCUGUGGCAAACACAAUGGUUGUCGGUACCCUGAGCUUAGUUGCUCCUGAACUAAAAAUGGGACAGCCAGCUUCUCCAGCCUCCGAUAUGUAUGCUUAUGGCUGCCUUCUCUUCUGGCUCUGUGUUCAAAACCAGGAGUUUGUCAUAAAAGAAGAUGGAACACCUGAGGUGGAUAUGGUUGUUAUGGAUGAUAAAGUUAAAUCUCUUCUCCUGAAUUUGUUCUGCUGUAACAGACUGACAGCUGAGCAGGUGCUGAGGGAUGAUUGUUUCCAGGCAGUUGAUGCAAUUCCAGUUUCACCACAAUCAGCUGGAGAACACGAGCCAUGUGAGGAACAUGAUUCUGAAAAGACAGAUGAAAAAAAAAAGCGAAUAACUGAGGAGAACGGAACAAAGCCUACUUAAGAGAUGAAGGACUUUUCUAUCUGGUGUUUGAGAGAGACUUCUGGUUUUGUUUGAUUUUUUUUGAAAUAAUUGUCUUGUUCCAAAAUCUCAAAAUAUAAAAUGUUUGGUAGGUGCAGUCCUGUUUUGUGAUUACCCAGUCUUCACUGCUCUUCUAAGUAUAUUUUAUUCUAAAUACAUGCUAAUUGGUGUAAGUGUGGAGUUACAGAUUGUGUUCUUAGUUUGUCAGCCUUUUUCUUAGUCUGUUAUGUAAGCUUUAAAUUUACAGAGAAUAAUCUUGUUAGAUGCCAGAGAUCUUGUUUUUGUAACCAGUUUUCCAUCCCUUUUCUUGCUGUGUUUCCAGAUAAGAUCUUAGUCUUAAAGAUGCUCUGGGGUAUUACCUUUUUGUUGGAGGUUUUUUGUUAUUGAAUCAACAAGUUAUUCCUUCAGUAACUACCUUCAAGAUUUAAGGGGGGAAAAAAAAAGUACUGCUUUGACAACUUGUAAAGGAAAUGGAGAGCAGCCUGCCUUUUACCUGUCUUUCUGCAUUGGAAAAAUGCAGUUGGCUUUCCAGAGAGCAGGCAUCCUUCUGGUUGCUCCUUGGCAGUGCUGCUGCCAGCCAAAAUAAUAUACACACAUUUGCAAAAACUACUUAGUAGCUCUGUAUAAGUGUGUAUAUAUCAUUUGUUCUUAAAUGUUGUUUGCAAUAGCUAUAAAGAUGUGAUUUUUCAUGGGUGGGUUUGUUUGCCUGCAACACUUGGCUGUUAGCACUACCAGUGAAAGAGUUUUGUCAGCUCUUUAGUUUUCCAGGAAAUUGUUGAUUAUCUUUAUGAAGAUUUUCCUACCUUCUCAUAAAGAAACAGGUUAAAAUGUGCAGUUGCUGUAGAAAUGUAUUCAGCCUCUGGGUGUUGCUCUUGGACAGCACUGAUGGCAGACUAGUGUUUUGUAGAGGAGUUACUGAAGCUGCAUGUUGUUGGAUGAAGAAUGUAAAAAUGUAGUAUGUAAUGGGCAAGAAACAGCACCAGAGGAAUUGGGGAGCCCUCAGGUACAGUAACACAGUCCAUAGUGAACAGAAGAUACGAGCUUGGCAGAUCCACCUCUGAUAUUAGACUUGGUUUUCUAUCCUUAAAUCAAUUAUUUUUUUAAAA